CCUGGGGGCGGCGGCUUCCGGCUUCCCGCCGCCCUUGCCCCGCACUGCAGUCCGCAGCGCCAUGAGGAGGUUUUGGCGGGCGCUGCGCCGGACUCGGCGCUGCGGGACCCUAACGGGGCUGCAGGAGCGGCCGGACAAGUUCGGGGGGGUGAGCGUGGACCUGGGCGAGCUGAGCCACCCCCUCCGCCUGGAGCCGACCGUCUUCGGGCGGUGGCUGCAGGGCGCCGUGAGGCGGUGGCGGCGGGAGGGCCGCACGGCUGCCUGGAUCCACCUGCCCAUCCUCCGCAGCAGCCUGGCGGCGGCUGCCGCCUCUCAAGGCUUUGCUUUCCACCAUGCUGAGCAGGGCUCGUCCACCUUGACGCUGUGGCUGGGAGAAGGACCCAGCAGGCUACCAGGCUACGCCACCCACCAGCUGGGGGUUGCAGGUGCUGUUCUAGAUGAAAGCACUGGGAAGGUGUUGGUCGUACAAGACAGAAAUAGGACCCUGAAUGCAUGGAAAUUUCCAGGAGGUCUGGCUGAUCCAGGCGAGGACAUUGGAGACACAGCAGUUAGAGAGGUUUUUGAAGAGACUGGCAUUAAGUCAGAGUUCAAGUCCAUCCUAAGCAUCAGGCAGCAACAUCAGCACCCUGGAGCCUUUGGGAAGUCAGACAUGUACAUUAUCUGUCGCUUGGAGCCUUCCUCCUUCAACAUCACCCUCUGCCAGCAGGAGUGCCUGAGGUGCGAAUGGAUGGACCUCGGUGAGCUUGCUAGGACAAAAGACACCACUCCCAUCACCAGCAACGUAGCAAAACUCUUACUGUAUGGAUACCAGGAGGGGUUUGAUAAGAUUGAUAUAACUAUGAGAGAGUUCCCAGCUGUCUACACAGGCCUGUUCUACAAACUGUACCACAGGGAGCUGCCAGAGUCCUAUCAAAACAUUACAUGAUACCAAUAUAUUUCACAUUUUCUUAUAUUAAUAAUUUAGAAUUAUUAUUGUACUGUUACUUAGAUGAUAUUAAAAGUAUACAUGGACUUUUAAGGUAAUUAUUAGAAAGUAAUUAUAUCUUCUACUCUCUAAGAAGCUGUAGAGAUAUAAAUUAUUUUAAAGGUAAAUACUGCUCUAAGUGUGCAUCAGAUUUGUUCUCCUUUACUCUGUAAAGCAAACAUAAUGUAAAUAAAACAGCUCUACAUAGAUAUCUAGCAGAAAACAAAAGUGUUGCUGGUCCUAAAAAUACAUUUUCCAAGUAAUUUUACUUCCACAUGCACUGGAACAAAAGGUUUGAAGAG